AUGACAAAGAAGAUCGACCAAAACACCGACGGCUUGCUCAAACUAAACAUGAUUAGCUUUACGAUUCCAAUUCUCUUCAGCCAUAAACUCGGUAUCAACCGUUACGGCUCCACUGUGUCUGUAGCUGCUGAUAAUCUUGCUGCUCACACAUCUGGCUCAGCUGAGAAUAGAACCGUAGAGAAGACAGCUUUUGAUGUGAAGCUGGAGAAGUUUGAAGCGGCGUCGAAGAUUAAGGUGAAUAAGGAGAUAAAAGCAUUUACGGAGCUGGGACUGAAAGGAUCCGGAGGCGAUGAGAAUCCAAGACGCACGACGAUCUCGGCAAUGUUUGAACAGCAGCCAGCUUUAAAAUCCGCUAGGAAAAUUCUUGAAUCCGCCAUCGGGUUGAUGCUUAACAGAGAGUGUUCUUUCCGAGAACAGAGAGGUGUAGUUGCUCAUCGCAUUCACCGAACACAUUUAUAG